AUGCGUCAGCUAAUGGAUCGAAUUGAUGAGUAUAAACAGGUUGAAGAGGAUCAGCAACAAGGGAAGGGAAAGGCGAAGGUAAUUCCCCAUGACCGAAGAGAUUUUAGGUUAGAGAAGUAUAACAGCAAUCGGCCCAAGAGAAAUUUUGCUGGACCUAUUAGGCAUGCUACUGCCCAAGUAGUUAACACAGUGUUCAGGGAGCUUGUACAGCAAAUCUUGGAGAAGAUAAAGAAUAAGCCAUAUUUCAAGUGGCCAAACAAGAUGGGAGAAAACCUCAUGAAGUGUAAUCAAAGUAUUCAUUGUCAUUACCAUCAGGACCGCGAACACACUACAGAGGAUUGUAGGACUUUACGUGACUACCUAGAGCAUUUAGUUAAGGUUGGAAAGUUGAAGCAGUUCCUGUAUCAACCCAUUGGGCAGAGGAGUCAGGUCGGGUCGGCACACUAUAGGGAUGCUUUCUCAAGACCACCUCUGGGAACAAUCAAUGUUAUUCUUGUUGCCCCAGGUCGGACUGGUUCGUAUCCAUCAAGGAUUAUGUCCAUAGCAAAGCCACAUGCUAAGGAUUUGAUCCCUGAUUCUAAGCAGUGA